GGUUUUCUAUAUCCUUAAAUUUAUCUUUACAUGCUUGUGAUUUUCUGUUCUAUUUGGAUGCGCCAAUGUGUUUUUGUUAGUGAUGAAUUUGCGGUUUCUUUUGAGACCUCGAAUUUGAUGUUUACUCUCUGUAUUCGUUUGCUUAACAUGUGAAGCAGUUACUUAUGGCAAAAGGUGGGGACAAGAAGUUGAAAGACAAGGGAUGGACUAUAAACCGUCCAAAUGGAAACAAAACGACGAAGAGAAAGAAGAAAGCUUCAAAGGUUAAGGCAGCGAAUGCUGUCCCUCCUGAUCCUGUCCCUUCCUCUGACCCUUCUCAGAUCCUUUCUUCUGCUCCUGCUACUGGCAGUAGAACUGCGUUGCAGGAAAAGGAGAACACCAGAGACAAAUUGGAACAACUUUCUGGUUUUAUAUUCAUGUGUAAUCUGAAGACAAAACCAGAGUGUUUCCAAUACCGAGUCUUUGGGCUUCCUGCAGCAAAGAACAAUGUUGUAGAGAAGAUAAAAGCAGGCACGAAACUAUUUCUGUUUGAUUUUGACCUGAAGCUUCUCUAUGGUGUAUACAAGGCAACCUGCCAUGGACAACUGAACUUGGAACCUUCUGCUUUUGGAGGAAAGUUUCCUGCACAGGUGAAGUUUGAAAUUUACAAGGAAUGUCUUCCCUUGCCUGAAAGUGCUUUCAGACCUGCUAUAAAGGAUAGCUACAAGGGCAGCAAAUUCAAUCCAGAACUCAGUCGCCGACAAGUGAGGGAUCUGAUAUCACUGUUUCGUCCAUGCAAAGCUUUAAUAGCACCACCUCUGGCUCAAAUGCCAGAGGUCUUACCACUAUGGGCAAGACUGCCUUCUGCUUUAGAGGAUCACAUGCAGCCCUCAGUGAGAGUACCUAUGCUGGAGGAUACAUAUUUAGCUGGACCACAAUAUGGUCGUGCAGCAAUGGUGGUUGAUCCCCAUCCUGUACGCUUCAGGGUACUGCCUGCACAUCAAGAAUUGUAUGGGAACGAGGCAACAAUGGACAGGGUCUAUCCAAUUAGGGAGCACCAAAAUAUACAGGCUCAAGAUGACCCGUAUUACUUUGCAGAUAAUCGACAGGUGUACAUUGCUGGAGGUUCUGCCCAGAUUGUGCAGGAUCGAUAUCCCAGGUACAAUACUGUGCAAGAGAGGGUCUCCCGUGAGCUGGUGUCUGGGAGGCCUGUGCCGGCUCCAAGGAAUUCUGUCCGUUCUUCCCGUUAUUCCUUUUGAGAGGUAUCAUGGUUGCACCAUUGACCCCUGGGCCCUGGCAGGUAAUAGGACUCUUAAAACAAACUUAAUGAAAACGGUCACCAUUGUAUAUAUGGUGAAUGUAUUUUAACUGGACAUAUUUGGACCCUCGUAUGCUUUCAUCAUGCUAUGCUACUAAACUUGGUCGGUCGGUAGUUUGCUCUAGUGAAAACCUUUUUGCUUUGGCAGGAUAUUGAAGGUGGAAUAGACUGGCCUUUUGUUUUUA